UAAACAACAAAUAAUAUACCUAGGGAAAAAUUGUCAAAUCGUUCCAAUAUUUUUGAAGUCUAGAGUGAAUGUUACUUUGUUUCCUAUAUAAAGGAAGGUGAAUUCCAUUUCAUUAUCAGUUCUGUGUAGCUUUUGGUACUCACACACACAUAUUCCAAGUACAAGAUGAUUGCACAGGCAAUAGUCAUCUCUGCCCUUAUAGCUUUGGCCCACGCCGGAGGUUUACUUCUUGGUGGUUAUGGAGGGGGUCUAGGACUUAGCAGUGGACUUGGUCUUGGAGGAGGAUUAUCUUUACAAGGAGGACAUGGUAUUGCAAUUGCAAAACAGGCUGUUGUAGAUGUUUGGGCUCCUCCAAAGUAUGAAUACAAAUAUGGAGUUGAAGAUGCUCACACAGGCGACUUGAAGCAACAGCAAGAGUCCAGAAUUGGUGACCUAACGAAGAGUGAAUAUGGUCUAGCUGAAAAGGACAGGCAAAUUCAAGUAUCCAGGGUAAUCGCGGGAGCAGUGCCGCUUGUAGGCAAGGGAUAUGGAUAUUGAUUUCAAUAUUUUUUUGAUACCACCUUUGUUUUCAUUUCAUUCCACUCAUUCAUCUGAAGUACAAUAAAUGUUAUCUAUAAUUA